AUGAAGCUGGAAUGGAAAGGAGAAUAAGGAACUAAUAAUAAAAAAUUUGGAAAAUGGAAAGCCUUUUGGAAUUAGAGAAGAUUGUAAAAUGUUGAGGGGUAUUAUGAAAAUGGAUCGAAAAUAGGUUUAUGGAAUGAAUUAUUUAAAAAUUAUUUUAGGUAAAUUAAAAAUUUUUUAAAAAUAGCCAAGCCAAAGUAUUUGAAACCGGUCAAUAUCAAAAUAAUUAUAGAGUAGGAAAAUGGAAAUAUAUAUAUAAAAAGGCUGAGAUGUACAUUACUGUUUAAUAUUUAGUGGUGGAGGAAAAUAUUCAAAUGAAAUGCAUAAUAUGAAAAUAGGUUAAUGGAUUGAAUUGGAUGAUGAAUUUAGAAAUCAAAAGUAAGUGAUUUAUAAUGGUGAAUAUAAUUGUGGUAAUAAAGUGGGCAGUUGGGAUAUUUGUUUUAGACAAGAUGAGAUUAAUAAAUUUACAAUAAUGUAAAAUACUUUUAUAUAGUGUGCUAUUAUAAAUGUAUUAGUGGUGGAGGAUAAUAUGAUGAAAAAGGGAAUGGCUUGAAGAAUGGGCUAUGGAUCGAUUUGGAUGAAGAAUUCAACUGUAUUAAAUAAGUAAUUAUGACUGGUAAUUAUGAAAAUGGAAAAAAAACUGGUAGAUGGAACAUUAAGUAUAGAUUGGAAAUCAAUUAAUCAUUUUCAAAAAUGUAAAUUAUAUUAUAUAAAGUUCUCAACUAAAAAUUAUAGCGGUGGUGGAUAAUAUAAUCAAGAAGGUAUAAAAAUUGGAAGAUGGAUUGAUUUAGAUGAGGGAUUUUAUUUUGAAAAAUAAGUAACUUAUAAUGGUGAAUAUCAAAAUGGUAUAAAAGUAGGUCCAUGGAUAAUUAACUUUAGAAAAGAUUAGAAAGGUGAAUUUGAACCAAUGUAAAAUAUUUUACAUAAUGUACUUUUAGUGGUGGUGGAGAAUAUUAAAAAGGUAUUAAAAUUGGAUAAUGGACUGAAUUGGAUGAAAAAUUCAAUAUUGAAAAAUAAAUAAUUUAUGGGGGAAAAUAUCAAAAUGGUGUAAAAGUGGGUUCAUGGGUAAUUAACUAUAGAAAAGUUUAGAAAGGUGAAUUUCAACCAAUGUAAAAUAUUUUAUAUAAAGUACUUAAAUGUAUAAGUGGUGGCGGAGAAUAUUAAAAUGGUAUUAAAAUUGGAUAAUGGACUGAUUUGGAUGAAGAAUAUAAUGAAGAAAAAGAAGCAAUUUAUAAGGGAAAUUAUCAAAAUGGUUAAAAGAUUGGUAAAUGGGAUAUUUGUUUUAGAUAUUAUCAAGAGAAUAAGUUUACAUAUGUGUAAAGAUUUUAUAUUAAAAGCCAAUUAUAAAUGAAUUAGUGGUGGUGGAUUUUAUUCUAAAUCAGGUAUUAAAGUAGGAUAGUGGACCGAUUUAGAUGAGGGAUUCUAAAAUCACAGAUAUAGAAUUAUUAUAGGGAAAUAUAAAAAUGGUAAAAAGUUUGGUUUAUGGGAUACCUUUUUAUAUGGAAGAUAAUAAAUAUUGAAUUACAAGACCGGGUAUUAUUAUGUAAGGGCUGAUGCACAAAGAUAAUAAAAAUAUUAUUGGCAGUAUUAUAAAUAUAUAUAUAAAAUACAGAGGAUCCAAGAUUUAUGAUGAAUUUGGAAAUCAAAUAUCCAAAUAAAAAAAGUAUUAUUUAAUCUCUUUAAUUUUUUAAGAAAAAUUAAUGGUCUUUUUAAAUAACGCUCUAUUAAUGGAAAAAAGUUUGAUAUAUGGGAUAUUUAUGCAAAAGUGUUUUCGAGCAAUUAAAAUUAAUAAAAGUAAUAUCAUAUCUAUAAAGUUUCUAAUUAUAAAAUUCUUAGUAGUGAUGAAGUUGAUUCAGAGGAUAGUGGUUACAUAAUAUAAGGGUAAAUUAAAGGUGGUUUUGUGAAUUAUGAUUCAAACGAAUUAGUUGUUUAUAGAGGCUAAUCGAAAAAUAAUCAUAAAAUUGGUAGAUGGGAUAUUAAUUUAAAAAAUGAGUUUUAACCAAUGUAAAAUAUUUUAUAUAAUGUACUUUUAGUGGUGGUGGAGAAUAUUAAAAAGGUAUUAAAAUUGGAUAAUGGGCUGAUUUGGAUGCAGAAUUUGAUGAAAAAAAAUAAGUAAUUUAUAAGGGAAAUUAUCUAAAUGGUAUAAAAUACGGUCCAUGGGAAAUUAACUUUAGAAAAAAUUAGAAUGAUGAUUUUACACAAAUGUAAAAUAUUUUAUAUAAAGUACUUAAAUGUUUUAGUGGUGGUGGAUAGUAUAAUUAUGCAGGGAAUAAAAUUGGAUAAUGGACUGAUUUGAAUGAAGAAUUUAAUGAAAAAAAAUAAGCAAUUUAUAAGGGAAAAUAUCAAAAUGGUAUAAAAUAGGGUCCAUGGGUAAUUAACUUUAGAAAAAAUUAGAAUGAUGAAUUUAAACAAAUGUAAAAUAUUUUAUAUAAAGUACUUAAAUGUUUUAGUGGUGGUGGAGAAUAUUAAAAUGGUAUUAAAAUUGGAUAAUGGACUGAAUUGGAUGAUGAAUUUAAUAAUAACUAUUAAGUGACUUAAAUUGGCCAAUAUAAUAAUUAUGGGGAUAAAAUUGGUUGUUGGAUAAAAUUGUAAACAAUAAACGAUUAAAAUAAUUUUUGA